UCUUGCUGCCUCCUUCUUACUGGAUGAUUAAAUUUGAUUGUUGUUAGCUUGGCAGUCUGGCAGUCAGUACCAACAAGAACAGUUAAAAUUGUGUUGCUGUCCUCAUUCCUCUUGAUAGGUAUCUCAUCUUGUUGUUCAUACAAUAUCUUGUCUCUCUCCUCUUUAGGAGCUGUAAAACGUAAAACGAAACAAAUUGAAAUUAAAAAUAACUUUUAAAACCGUUUUUAUAUUUACCUGAAUUGUGUUUAAUUUAAUCGGUUAUUCAUCCAAGUUGGUGUGAAAUCAUGGAGCAAAGUGAUCAAACAAUUUGUAUCAUUGGAAGUGGUGCCACAGGAAUCAAUGCUAUAAAGGUUUGUCGAGAAGAAGGUUUCAACGUGGUUUGCUAUGAACAAUCAAACUUUCUUGGUGGAUUAUGGAAGUAUCGUGAGGAUGAUGUGGACGGAUUGGCUUCCGUCAUGAGGUCCACAAUUAUUAAUUCAUCCAAGGAAAUGUCAGCUUAUUCAGAUUUUCCGCCACCAAAGGAAUUUGCGAAUUAUAUGCACAACACUGCAAUGUAUCAAUAUUUUGAAAUGUACGCUGAACGAUUUGGUGUCCGUGAAUUUAUCCAAUUUGAAACUAAAGUGAUCAAAGUUGAACCAGCGGACGAUUAUGAUGACACUGGUAGAUGGAGGGUUGUUACUCAAAGUUUGAAAACAAAAGAAAUAACAAGCCGAGUGUUUGAUGGUGUUAUGGUUUGUACAGGACAUCAUGUCAAGCCUUUGGUUCCUACCUUCAAAGGGCAAGAAAAAUUCAAAGGUCGUAUCAUUCACACACACUCUUAUAAGAAGCCCAAUCCUUUUGAGAAUGAAACGGUUGUCGUUGUUGGCAUAGGUAAUUCUGGAGGUGAUGCUGCUGUAGAGUUGUCAAUGUUUUCAAAGAAGGUUUAUCUUUCAACAAGGCGAGGAGCUUGGAUUUUAUGGCGAGUUGGUCCAGGAGGACAACCAUUCGACUCUGAGUUUAUAACACGAUUUUGUUUCACUCUAUUCAAUUAUUCACCUUACCGAAUCAAAUGUAGUUUUGUUGAACAUUAUUUAAAUAAUCGUUUUGACCACAAAUUAUAUCGAGUUGAACCCGAUCAUCGUGUUUUUGGUCAACAUCCAAUGGUAAAUGAUACUCUACCCAAUCGUAUACUUUCUGGAACUGUUGUAUUGAAAAAUGACAUCCAAGAGUUUACUGAAGAUGGUAUAAUCUUUGAAGGAGAAUCAACUGUAACUAAAUGUGACUCUGUGAUAUUGGCCACUGGAUAUGAGGUUUCAUUCCCAUUCCUUGAUCCAUCCAUUGUUUGGACCAAGGAUAAUCAUGUUGAAUUAUAUAAAUACAUGUUCCCACCAAAACUCAAGCAUCCCCAUACUCUUGGACUUAUCGGGCUUAUCCAAGCAGUUGGACCAGCUAUUCCUGUGUCUGAACAGCAGUCUCGUUGGUAUGUUCAACUCAUGAAAGGCACCUGUAGACUUCCAAGUGUCCCUGAAAUGAUGAAGGAUAUUGAAGCCAAACAUCGAGAGAUUGAAUCACGAUACUUUAAAGGUCCAAGACACACAAUGCAAAUUGAUUGGGUCAACUAUAUGGACGAGAUAGCUGAACAGUACGGAGCAAAGCCCAAUCUAUUGAAAUACUUCUUCACUGAUCCUAAAUUUUGGUACAAAUUGUAUUUCGGCCCUUGUCUUCCUUAUCAAUAUCGUUUACAAGGUCCACAUGCAUGGGACGGAGCAAGAAACGCUAUUAUGACUGUGGAUGAACGUAUCGAUGCCGCCUUCGCAACCCGAUCAUUGAAGUUAUCCAAAAAGUCAAAGGUUCAAUCAACUGGACCAAUGUAUGCUCUUCUUGCUUCUUUCGGUUCUGUGCUUUUUGUUUUCCGGGCUUACCUUCGCAAAUACCUGCAACAAGAUCAUUGGCGUUACCUUGCUGGGGCUUCGGCUAUCCUCUUUAUGCUUCUCACUAUUCUUAACUACACUCUUUAAUUUUAUCUUAAAUUGUUUAUAAAUUUAUCUAAUAUUCCCUCAUUUCUUCACCUUUCCAUCUACUUUUAUUCAACAGGAAAAAAGCUCACAAUCUUACAUCUUAAUGUUUUUGCUACUUUGUUGAAUUUUUUACCCUCGGUGUGUUAUUACGUCUAAAAACAUGAUAUUUUCUCAAUCUUCAUGCUUAUUUUUCACACUCAUCAUUUGUCACAAUCAUCUUUUCCCAUUAUUCAUCGCACAUCGAAGCCCUAUUAUGAUUUUUUUAAGAAACUUUCCCUUAUUUAAAUGGAAACACUGUUGCAUGGGAUUACUAUUAUUAUGAUGUAAUUAUGUCGUGUAAUUUGUUCAUAUUUUUUGCAAAAUUAUAUCUAAUCUGUGAUAUAACACACAGAAAGCGUUACAAUGAGACAAGUUCAUUAAUUUAGAGCAUUUAUUUACUGAUUAAAGUCUCUUUUAUGCAAUCUUGA